GCUGUCAAAUGACGUGGUUCAAAGUGACAAAAUCAUUUUCACGUUUUGUGGCCACAAAUUAGUGAGAAAAUCCUGUAUUUAUUGGCUGAAUAGAAUAGUAGGAUCACUGAAUCCCAGAGAUGACCACGUACGAGGAGUACAUCCAGCAGAACGAGGACAGGGAUGGCAUCCGCUUCACGUGGAAUGUGUGGCCGUCCAGUCGGAUCGACGCCACUCGGCUGGUGGUGCCGCUCGGGUGUCUCUAUCAGCCCAUCAAGGAGCGCCCGGAUCUGCCGCCGAUCCAGUACGAUCCGGUGCUCUGCACGCGCACCACCUGUCGCGCCAUCCUCAAUCCUAUGUGCCAGGUGGACUACCGCGCCAAGCUGUGGGUGUGCAACUUCUGCUUCCAGCGCAAUCCCUUUCCUCCGCAGUACGCGGCCAUCUCGGAGCAGCAUCAGCCGGCUGAGCUGAUUCCGGGCUUCAGCACGAUCGAGUACACGCUGAUGCGGGCGCCGUGCAUGCCGCCGGUGUUCCUGUUCGUUGUGGACACGUGCAUGGAUGACGAGGAGUUGGGCGCUCUGAAGAACUCCCUGCAGAUGUCCCUGAGUCUGCUGCCGUCCACGGCCCUGAUCGGCCUCAUCACCUUCGGGAAGAUGGUGCAGGUGCACGAGCUCGCCACGGAGGGCUGCUCCAAGAGCUACGUGUUCCGCGGCACGAAGGACCUCACGGCCAAGCAGAUUCAGGACAUGCUGGGAAUCGGACGAGUGCCCACGGGUGGGAUGCAGCAGCCGCAGCAGCAGCAGCCGCGCGGCGCGCAGGGACAGCCCGUGGCGCCGGCCAAUCGCUUCCUGCAGCCCAUCCACAAGUGCGACAUGGCGCUCACGGAUCUCCUGGGCGAGCUGCAGCGCGAUCCGUGGCCAGUGCCGCAGGGGAAGCGCUAUCUGCGCUCCACGGGCACGGCGCUCUCCAUUGCGGUGGGACUGCUGGAGUGCACGUACCCCAACACGGGCGGCAGGAUCAUGAUGUUCGUCGGCGGCCCGUGCUCCCAGGGGCCCGGCCAGGUGGUGAAUGACGAGCUGAAGCAGCCCAUUCGCUCGCACCACGACAUCCACAAGGACAAUGCGAAGUACAUGAAGAAGGCGGUGAAGCACUACGACGCGCUGGCGAUGCGCGCGGCCACGAACGGCCACUGCAUCGACAUCUACUCGUGCGCCCUGGACCAGACGGGCCUCAUGGAGAUGAAGCAGUGCUGCAACUCCACCGGCGGCCACAUGGUCAUGGGUGACUCCUUCAACUCGUCUCUGUUCAAGCAGACAUACCAGCGCGUAUUCGCGCGCGACGCCAAGGGCGACCUGAAGAUGGCCUUCAACGGCACGCUGGAGAUCAAGUGCUCGCGCGAGCUGAAGAUUGAGGGUGGAAUCGGGUCGUGCGUGUCGCUGAAUGUGAAGAAUGCGUCGGUGUCGGAUUCGGAGAUCGGCAUGGGCGGCACGGCGCAGUGGAAACUGUGCACGCUGGCGCCCAGCAUGACCAUGGCCUUCUUCUUCGAGGUGGUCAACCAGCACGCGGCUCCGGUGCCUCAGGGCGGCCGCGGCUGCAUCCAGUUUAUCACGCAGUAUCAACAUUCCAGUGGACAGAGACGCAUUCGCGUCACCACUGUGGCGAGAAAUUGGGCGGAUUCAUCGACAAAUCUCCACCACAUCAGUGCAGGAUUCGACCAGGAGGCCGCGGCUGUGCUCAUGUCGCGAAUGGUGGUCUACAGGGCGGAGAGUGAUGAUGGUCCCGAUGUCCUUCGCUGGGUCGACAGGAUGUUGAUUAGAUUGUGCCAGAAAUUCGGCGAAUACAGCAAGGAUGAUCCGAAUAGUUUCCGCCUGGCUGAGAACUUCAGUCUCUAUCCACAAUUCAUGUAUCACUUGAGACGCUCGCAAUUCCUCCAAGUGUUCAACAAUUCGCCCGACGAGACGACCUUCUACCGUCACAUGCUGAUGCGCGAGGAUCUCACGCAGUCACUCAUCAUGAUUCAGCCCAUUCUGUACAGCUACUCAUUCAACGGACCGCCAGAGCCUGUGCUCCUGGACACAUCGUCAAUUCAGCCGGACAGGAUUCUCCUCAUGGACACAUUCUUCCAGAUUCUCAUCUUCCACGGUGAGACGAUAGCGCAAUGGCGACAGCUCAAGUAUCAGGACAUGCCGGAGUAUGAGAACUUCAAGCAAUUGCUGCAGGCGCCGGUGGACGAUGCCCAGGACAUCCUGCAGACGCGCUUCCCCAUGCCGAGGUACAUCGACACGGAGCAGGGCGGGUCGCAGGCCAGAUUCCUGCUGUCCAAGGUGAAUCCCUCGCAGACGCACAACAACAUGUACGCGUACGGACAGGGCAUGAUUGGAGGCAAUGCAAUGGACGGAGGAGCGCCUGUGUUAACGGAUGAUGUGUCGCUGCAAGUGUUUAUGGAGCAUUUGAAGAAGUUGGCAGUCUCUUCAACAACAUAGAGAUCUGGCAGAUAUUCUAAUGGAAUCAAUCUAUAAAAUAUU